AAGAAUAUCCUGACUCUCUGGACUUCAGGGAUAUCAUUAUGUUGUAUUGGAUGAGUUUAAACUAGACAAGACUUCCUUCUGAAACACUUCCAGAAAGUGAGCGUGCCUGAGGGGAGAACACCACAAGAGAGGAGAGACAAUUGAACAUCGCCAUUGGCCGAGACCUGAAAAAAUGGUGCUGGAUGAACAGAGGAUUAGAACUUAAUUAUAAAAGGGAAAUAAAGUCUUGGCGGGUGAUUUGCUUCAUUUCCACAUUCAUCAUGGCCCAAAUCCUCUGGCUGGCUGGUUGAUGCGACUGUCCAACGCUUCCUGUUUAGGUUCGGUGCAGAUAUCCUCUGCCUACAGAUCGAAAGACCUGCGAUCAGGUGGGAACUGGAUGGUGCCAAAUAUGGGAAUGGAAAGAGAAAUGGACUCUGAUGAGCUAAGAUGGAAGUGACUUGACAGCGCCAAGCUCAGCAAUUGUCUCUAGUAAGGACAGGUUAAGACGGGAAUCUCAAGCUUCGCUGGGAGAGCAGUAUGCAGGAAGCUGGUUUUCAGGCCACAAAUGCUUUCACAGAGUGCAAAUUCACCUGCGCCAGUGGUAAAUGCUUGUACCUUGGUUCAUUGAUUUGUAACCAACAGAAUGACUGUGGGGAUAACAGUGAUGAAGAGAACUGUCUGCUUGUAACAGAGCAUCCACCUCCAGGCAUCUUUAGCUCUGAACUGGAGUUUGUUCAAAUCAUCAUUAUAAUUGUGGUUAUAACUGUUAUGGUGGUAGUGAUCAUCUGCUUGUUGAAUCAUUACAAACUCUCGACACGCUCCUUUAUCAACCGACAGAGCCAAAGCAGAAGACAGGAAGAAACUUUGCAGACGGAAGGGUGCUUGUGGCCUUCAGAAAGCUCGGUUUCACGCCAGGGUGCUUCAGAGAUCAUGUAUGCUCCAAGGUCCAGGGACAGGUUUACCGCCCCAUCUUUUAUGCAGCGGGACCGUUUCAGUCGCUUCCAGCCCACUUACCCUUACAUGCAGCAUGAGAUUGACCUUCCUCCGACCAUCUCCCUCUCUGACGGGGAAGAGCCACCGCCGUACCAAGGUCCGUGCACCCUGCAGCUCCGGGACCCAGAACAGCAGAUGGAGCUCAACCGGGAAUCCGUCAGGGCACCGCCCAACCGAACCAUUUUUGAUAGCGACUUGAUAGACAUCUCGAUGUACAAUGGGGGCCCCUGCCCACCAAGCAGCAAUUCGGGCAUAAGUGCAACCAACUAUAGCAGUAACGGAAGGAUGGAAGGACCACCCCCGACAUACAGCGAGGUCAUGGGGCAUUACCCAGGCUCCUCUUUUUUCCAUCACCAGCACAGCAACGUGCCUCCUUCCUCGCAGAGGGGGAGCAGACUUCAGUUUCAGCAGAACAAUUCAGAGAGCACAAUAGUCCCCAGCAAAGGCCAAGACCGGAAACCAGGAAACCUGGUCUAAGUUACUCGCCCAGGUGCAUUUGAACUGAAGACAAGAGAUUCAAGCAGGGCGGUGGAGGAAGACCCCCGUGCUCCGGUGCACAAUGUUGUUACGUUUCACGUGGUACAACUUAGUAAAACCAAACGUGCAAACCAGUUCUUUGUUUCUGAUUCCUUUCAGGGGAAUUGCAUGCAAAGCAGAUUGAAAGAAAUACAAACUUCCAUUCA